CGGCUAGAAACCAAAUGCCAAGAAACAAACAAAGCCCUAGAAAAACCCAGUGAUUCCCAUUUCAGAAAUGCAGGAAAGAUAAGGAAGAGAGAAGACAGAAACGACUCAGCAAGGCAGUAAUGGCGAACCUGAGAACCGCCAUGGACGCAGCAUUCUGGGACCUCGACAUUUCCUCUCCUCAGACACUUCAUGGCGCGGCUCGCGCAGUGCCCGGCGACCCCUUCCCGCUUGAGGGAGCCCGGGCCAGUAGAGCCCUCCGCGUCCAGCAGCUCUCCUUUCUGGGCAACGGCUUCCCCCUCGGCAUCAUUCCCUCUUUUUCACCCACUUCCCAGAAGGACCUGGGCUCCUUCUCCCUCCAGUCCCUCUUCCUCAGGCCUUCCACCUCCAACUGGUGGCUUGGAUUAACUGGACAAUUUCGUCCGAAGAAAUUGAUAUCUUCCAUCAAAGCAGACCUAUCUGCGGUUGAUGAGUGGGAGCUAUCUACAUUCAAAGAAGUAGCAAAGCAUUUCAUAGACAAAUCCCUUUUUUCCUUUGGUUUAUGCUCACAGCUCUCUUUGACUUCUGCAUCAUCCUUGAUGGUGAGCACAGAACAACAUGGUGAGAAGAAGGGACGCCGCAACAGAGUGAUGCUCUUUCACCAGCUACCCUUUCAUGACAUUACACUGGAGGCUGCAUGGCCCGAGCUAUUCAUUGACCAUAAAGGGAGAUAUUGGGAGGUGCCUGAAUCUAUAUCCUUAGGUUUGUCUUCCCUUGUUUCUGAAUCUGGACUUCGAUAUCGUUUUGGAAUACACAAAAAUGGUGGGCAUCCCCAGUCUGUUAAUGCCAUAAAUGAUGAGGCACCUUCUGCUCUAAUGCCUGGAUUAUGUGCAAAAGCUGCCUUUUCUUAUGAGAAGAGCAGAGACUUGUGGAGGCAAAGAGAGAAGCAGGAGGAUGGUAUUGUGAAGACAGAACAGGGUAUGGUGUGGCGGCCUUCAUAUGAUAUACGUCUUAGAGAGCCUCAUGCAGCAAUAUCUGGAAUUAUUGGUGGUACUUGUGAAGCCUGGUUUGGGGGUUCGAGGGAGCAUGGUGAUGGAAGUUCUGCGGAUGCUAAGAAGAGAAGUCCUUUUGGUGCUGAUUUGUUUGCUUCAGGUUGCUGUACUUUCCAACAUGGACAAUUCAGGAAGCGAUAUGGUGACCUUACCCGUGUGGAUGCUCGUCUGAAUAUCUGUUCAGCUUCAGCUUUAGCCAAGAGGGUUUCCAAUCUUUUUAGUUCCUCGGUCAAUGGUGCAAAAGAUCCAUUAUCUUCCCCAAGGCUCAAUUUGGUCUUUCAACAGCAGGUGGCAGGGCCAAUCGUGUUCCGUGUAGAUUCUAAAUUUUUGCUGGAUUCUUCAGGUGGAAGAGCGGGACCUCAGUUGGAGGAUUUCACAUAUAGCUUGAACUACUCCUUGAGGCUCCUGCGCUCUGGGAAAGUUGUGGCUUGGUAUUCUCCAAAAAGAAAAGAGGGAAUGAUUGAGCUACGCCUAUUUGAGUUCUAGUUCUUUUUUUUUUUUUUUUUCUUUUUCUUCCUUUUUUUUCCUGAUUGUUUUGUAUGAAAAACCCAGAAUUUUUUCUUAGAAAGUGCAACAUCUUUGUCUUUCUUUUACCCUCAAAAUUUUCCAUGUGGAUUUGUAUUCAGGUCUUCUUGAAAUUCUCUACCAUUAAGUAGCUAUUAUCAAUUUAUCUGAUAUUUGCA